UAACAUCUGCGCACGGAGAAAAAAAAAAGGCAUCUGCGUGUGUUUGUUUUGUUUUGAGUUUCUCCUGACGUGCUUCUGUCGUGAUGCGUAUAAUUCUGACCGUUCAGGCGGCGCCCACAGAGUAAAACUUACAGUGGUCAUCUAAGGAAUCUGCGAGGGUAUCGACAGCAUGGACGCCAAGGGAGACUCCAUCAACUUAGAUUUAAGCCAACUUACUGGCGAGAUUGUUGCUGUUGUAGAUGAGGAGCAAAAGGGCAAGCCUGGACUAUUGCCAACCAGUCCUGCUGCCGCGAAGGAAUGGCUCUCGCAGAAGAAGCAGACCAUUCGUCCGUGGAAGCAGUUCGUGAACUUUAACCGAUUCAGCGUGCCCAAGAACAUUGGCGAUGCAUCCGCCAGAGUUGUUCGGAAUGUGGAGCACUUCCAAAGCAACUACCUCUUCGUCUUCAUUGGCCUCAUUGUGUACUGUAUAUUGACCUCUCCUCUCUUGCUGAUUGCAAUUGUGGCUGGUAUGGGAGGCGCGUACAUCAUUCGCCUGAAAAGUGCCGAGGGGAAAAUCAAGCUGUUCAACAAAGAGCUUACCGUGAUCCAGCAGUACUGCAUACUGGGCAUGCUAUGCUUUCCGAUAUUCUAUGUGGCCGGAGCCGGAUCAGCUGUCUUCUGGGUCCUUGGUGCCUCUUUCUUCACGAUCAUGCUGCAUGCAACAACAUAUGCCAUUGAAGCAUCACCUGCUGAUGAAACCUUCGAGUUACAGACAGUAUAAAACAGAUGCUAGAGCAAGAGAGAAAGAAAAGGCUGGUUACCCAUCCUACUCCUGGAUUCUAAUGUGCAGAGUACAGGAUACCUUCUGAUUGUGAGAUGGCGAGGGUAUCAGAAAAAAUUGCACUGAAUAUCGAGAGAAUAUUAAAAAAAUUGUUUUAGCACCUUGGGGUGUUUUUGUACUUUUUCAGCAAACACAUUGCUCUCUCAGAAUAACCUCUAACACUUUAGGCUUGAAGGCUUCAUCGAAAUUGCGUCAAUGCAUGGUCACUAUUCUUGACAAAGAAAUAGCUAUUUUUCUUUAAAGCAACUGUGCCUGUGCAUUCCUAAGUGUUGGUGUAUUUUCAAUGUAUAAAUGCACGUGGUCAAGUUCAAAUAAACAAUUCGUUGAAAGUUA